AUGACCACCAACACCACCCUCCCCGACGACGUCGCCUCCACCCGCGACACCCGCAAAGCAAAGGUAGCAGACCACACACAUGGCAUCGAUCAUUCAAUCGACCAAAUUGCCUCUGUUAUUACGGGCGCUACACUCCACCUGGAAACGAUCAAUAAGAACCUCGCGGGCCUCGGCUAUGACCCCAUUUCUGAUAAGCAGAUCAGGUUGUACAAAGACUUCAAGUUUCAGCAAAUGAGGCUUUAUCAUGAAUUGAAGGGCGAGAUUCUCAAAGAGGAGAUGGAGCUAGUGAGAGAAGAGAAGGCGCAGGAUGAGGCGGCGGGAAUUACCCAGUAG